GCAAUUCAACUGUGACAAACGCGCAGCUUUCAUACACGUGUGCACUGGCGGGUUGCACGGCGAAUGUCACGUGUAAUGCCGGCUAUGAGCUAAGAGGGAACAGUCAAAUGACAUGUUACGAAGAUCAAGGAUGGUUGUUCCCGCCAUACUGUAAUUCUGUGUCUGACCCUUCCGACACUACCAAUGUAUCUGUUACAUUCCGAGUGUUUUCAGAGGAGCAACAAAAGUAUAUUAAAAAAACUAUCAAACUAACGCUUGAAGAAUACUUCGGAGCAUCUAUGCCUGGUAACAUGUUUGAUAACGUCACCAUCAUAAGUAUUGUAUUUUAUAAUGAAAGUACAGAAAAUACAGGACGUAGAAAGAGACAAGCACUGAGCGAAAGCACAUUUGCCCAAGUAAACUACACAGUUUACAUUAAAAACACGACGGAAGCUAGAGGAGAAUUUGCCAUAGCACAAGCAAAUUUGACCAGACGACAAAUAUUACCAAUAUGUGAAAAAGACUUGCCAAUAACUAGAACAUGUCUCAAUGGAUUAACAUUGGUGAGACCGGACAAUGUUAAAAAUGAUACAUUAGAUUUUGAAGGUCUUCAGUCUAUAUCCUGUCAAAUAUUUGAAUAUACUAUAAAUGGUUGUCCGGAAGGUACGGAAUGUCAUGUUCACUUGGAGGACGAUACUACGCGUUGCGAUCCGGUAGAAGACAGAAGCGGUGAUACGGGUGACGAGUAUGCUUUAAAAGUCGGUUUUGGUGUAGGGAUACCGAUGUUUCUAUUAUUGUGCGCUUUACUAGGGUGUCUUUGCAGUUUGAUUGGCUUAGAAAGAAGGAGGAAACGCAGGAAACAGAAGCGUUUAAAUAUAACAGAAAACAGUAGACCAAGCUCCGCAGCAAGUAGUGGAUUUACUCCGGCCAUGAUACCUAUAAGAUUCGACACAGUCGGUCGUAGAGGCCCAGUGUAUGGAUCACAAUUUCCAGACCUUUGGGAAGGCACGGAGUCCGUGGUAGACUUGAAUCAUGACCAAACCCCUCAAUCCCGUCGGCGCAGAUCAUUCCCCAAUGCAGUGCAAAUCGGACAUGAAGAAGAAAGACGGUCCUAUAAACCAAACUUUACGUGGGAUUUUAUGUAUCCCCAUGUCGAUGACGAAAUUUCGCUACCAAGACCAACUUUUGACCGGCUGAACAAAUAAUGUGACAUUUAUUUCCUUCUCGGGCACUGACAGGAUUGUUAUGUGAUUUUUCGAUUUAUGUCUUAAGGAAAACAUUUGGAAACUAAAUUACGACAAGGCAAUUGAAAUUUCAGAAAAAUUAAUACAUACUAAUUGUGUUUGUUGCGCAAAUAUUUUGAAGUAGUUUUUAGUAUAUUGUCAAUAUUCAAAUAUCUUAUGUACCAAGACGUAUUUUUUUAUAAUUUCAUGUUUAGUUAUUGUAUAUACAUAUUAAAUGUUUUCUAUCCUUUGUGUAAAGAAACAGUCUUACUGAAAAUUGUUAAUAAAAUUUCUUCUUUUUUUUC